GCGCCCUCCCCGCACAUGCGCCCUGACAGCCCAACAAUGGAGGCGCCCGCGGAGUCGCUGAGGAGGCGGAAGACUGGGUACUCGGACCUGGAGCCUGAGUCGCCGCCCGCGCCGGGGCGUGACCCCGCAGGCUCUCCGGCCCAUCUCCACACGGGCACCUUCUGGCUGACCCGGAUCGUGCUCCUGAAGGCCCUAGCCUUCGUGUACUUCGUGGCAUUCCUGGUGGCUUUCCAUCAGAACAAGCAGCUCAUCGGUGACAGGGGGCUGCUUCCCUGCAGAGUGUUCCUGAAGAAUUUCCAGCAGUACUUCCAGGACAGGACGAGCUGGGAAGUCUUCAGCUACAUGCCCACCAUCCUCUGGCUGAUGGACUGGUCAGACAUGAACUCCAACCUGGACUUGCUGGCUCUUCUCGGACUGGGCAUCUCGUCUUUCGUACUGAUCACGGGCUGCGCCAACAUGCUUCUCAUGGCUGCCCUGUGGGGCCUCUACGUGUCCCUGGUCAAUGUGGGCCAUGUCUGGUGA